CUGAACGACUCGAAAGUCAUCAAACCCUAGAAAAUGGAUGCUGUGAUAGACCAAAACACCGGCGCCGUCGCCGACGCCGGCGACGAUGACACUCCGAUGCUAAGUUCUCAUACUCUAGCAGCUCUCAAGGAGUUUCUAUCUGAACAGAACGGCUUACUUGUCGCAAACAACGAUGGAGCGACGGUGGCGGAAGACGAGAAAGAGGUGGCGUUAGUCACGGAGGAUUGGAGACUAAGCCAGUUUUGGUACGACCGGGAAACUGCUGAGACGGUUGCGAGAGAAGUUAACGCGCUGUAUACGUCCAUGGAUUCUCCCCCUUCCAUUGCUUGCAUUGCUUGCCCCACUCUCUACGUUUAUCUCAAGAAACUGCACCAUGAUUUACCCGUGCAACUUCUUGAAUAUGACAACCGAUUUAAGCAAUACGGAAACGAAUUCACCUUCUAUGACUACAAUCAACCGUUAGAGCUCCCAUCAACAAUGAAACAUUCAUUCCGCAUCAUCAUUGCAGAUCCUCCUUACCUAAGCAAGGAGUGCUUGGAAAAGGUUUCUGAAACGAUAGGAUUUCUUAAGCAGCCUGGAGAAUCAUUCUUGCUUUUACUCACAGGUGCAGUGCAGCAUGAAAGAGCAGGUGAACUCCUGGGAUUGCAACCAUGUGGAUUUAGGCCACAGCAUUCCAGCAAGCUUGGGAAUGAAUUCCGACUCUUCACAAACUAUGAUCCUGGGUUGAGAUUAGGAGGAUGGGAGCAUGAGGAGUAGUAACAUCUUCAUUUUCUAGAUGUUUUGUUAGAAGGUUAAAUAUCUUGUUUGUGAUCAAAAAAUAAAGUUUUGCAUAUAUACUUUGUGUUGUCUUGCAAGAUAUUAGUAACAUUUUGUUGUGAUACACAUGUUUUCUCAAUCUGUUCGAGUGUUGUAUGAU